UCAUCUCGCACCUCUGUUCGGACUCCUGUUCACGCACGAUGGCGCGACCACGGCCAAACCAGACCACCCGCGGUUCCCGCGAUCCCAAACCCUCGAUCGAAUCUGUAGAAACAGAUCGAAUUCCGUCGAUCUCCUCUGCCAACUCCCUGCCUCGCCCUGUGGAACCGAGCUCAAAAUCAAGCACACUGACCUCCCAAGUUUCGCUGCCCGAGCUUCCUUCCACGGCCAACUCCGGCAACUAUAACCCACACCCCUGCCCCUCUGUUCGUCUGCAGAGUCUCCUUGAUGCACUUCCUCUCCCUGACCAUCUUCCCUCGUUGCAGACGCUCGGAUUCGAGCUCGCCAGCCAAACCGAUCUCCGCUGCCCGAAGUUCCUCCUCCGACGAAUUUCACCGCUGCCACACACUGCUGGUUCGAGCGCCCCACAUCCUCCCGAAGAUCACCGCCAACGCCGGAGAUCCAACUCCACUGCAUCGCCAACAGAGAGCGCCUCGUUCGCCGUUUAUGCCACCAUGGCCAGCCCGCCGAACGCCGCACCCGCACGCCAUCUCGGCAUCACCGGAGGCUGCCGGAGGAGCGCCGCCGCCCACGCCCGAAGCCGCCGCCGUUUCCCCCCUGCUUCGAUUACUCGGAGCGUGACGAGUAGAAAUUGUCAGGAAUUAUGAGUGCGACGACCUUCAUCAAACUUACAGGCAAGUUACACCUUGAUCAUCCUUCAUCCUAUUAUUUUUCUAUGCAUGUAGUUAUAUAUAUCACAUUACUAUAUCAUGCAUGUGUAGGAAUGUUAUGGUAGCAUGUUAUUGCUAUUGAGUUUCAACUUACUAUGGCCUUAUGUUGUAGAUCGUGGUAGUCUAUGCUAUGUAGACGGGGAUUGGUUCGUGUAUGCAUCGAGAUUAUGUGAGGCCUAUAUAUAAUAUAACUUGAGUAAAAACAUAAUAUAUAAUUCACCUCUGGACGGACAGGGUUGCAUCAUGGUUUCUUGUUCCUUUUCUAAGGACACGGACCAUGGCAAAGUGCGGCCGAACGGUAUUGCUGGGUGGUUUCAAGAACGUCAUGGUUUAUACCCUCUGAAUGUAAGUGGGUGCCGUCCAGGUUCAAAAAGAUCAGACAGACUUAGUGACUAGUAGCUUCCAUGUACAACCACUGGCUAAUAUGGGCUCUGGCUUAGUUGAUCAGCUGUGGAAACCUUACCCGGAUGUGCCAGCAGAUGUAGUUAUGAUAGUUGGGAUGGGCCUCCUGUGGGACUAGGCGACUGCUUCUGAAAUACUAUGUCUCCAUCUUCGGGUUGAGUCCAAUGGGUAAAGUGUACAGACCUCUGUAGAGUGUAUAAACUAAUCAUGAUUAGCCGUGUCCCCGGUUAUGGACAAAUUUGAGCCACUAUGCCAUUACAGUUGUUGGAUGAUCUUGACAGAUGAUACUUUAAUAAAAUUUCAGUGGGAAACUUAAUAAUUGGGAUAGGUUGGAAUCGGAUUGCCCAAUUCAACCAUGUGUAUUUAAUUGUAGCAAGACAUAAUAAAAAAAUUGACUAUUAUAUUAUGUAGUUAUCAGGGAAAAAUUAGCUUUCUACAAAACAACCACUACAUUAUCCUGUUGAUAUACCUUGCAUAUACAUGUAGGUCUGUUAUAUAAUUCCUAUGUGA